UUCCUUCUUUAUCCAGCCAAAAUAGAAUCUCACACAAAAAUAGAGUCCUCCCUUCCUUCGGCAGCCACUGACCUCCAUAAGGUAAUUACCCCUUGACGAUUUGACAUGCGGAUUCAAUGUACCUGGCCGUCCCAUGAAAUGCGCUUGUGUUCUUCAACCCUCUUCACCUUUUCCAAAAAUUCGCACAAAGACUUGAGCUUUAUUAGGACGAGGACAACCACGGUCUGCCCUUCUGUCUCAGCCACAAUGUCCACCGUUUCGACAGAAAAGGAUGCCCUUUCGGGUCAAACAGAAUCGACCCAGAAGCCAUUACAGGUGGCAAAGCGGUUGGAAAAAUUCAAGACGACAAUCUUCACGCAAAUGAGUAAUCUUGCUGUUAAACAUGGAGCAAUAAACCUUGGGCAAGGGUUUCCCAACUUUGAUGGUCCGGAGUUUGUAAAGGAAGCUGCAAUUCAGGCCGUGAUAGAUGGGAAAAAUCAAUAUGCUCGUGGAUUUGGGGUUCCAGACCUAAACAAUGCCAUUGCUGAGAGAUUCAAGAAAGACACUGGACUGGUUGUGGACCCUGAGAAGGAAGUAACUGUUACCUCUGGGUGCACAGAGGCAAUUGCAGCAACCAUGUUGGGCUUGAUAAAUCCUGGUGAUGAGGUUAUCCUCUUUGCUCCUUUUUAUGAUUCUUACGAAGCGACUCUUUCCAUGGCUGGUGCUAAAGUAAAAAGUAUCACACUACGCCCUCCAGAUUUUGCUGUCCCCAUUGAUGAACUUAAGUCUGCAAUCUCAAAGAAUACUCGUGCAAUUCUUAUAAAUACUCCGCAUAAUCCUACUGGAAAGAUGUUCACUCGAGAGGAACUUGAUGCUAUUGCAUCUCUCUGCAUUGAAAAUGAUGUACUGGUGUUCACUGAUGAAGUUUAUGAUAAGUUGGCUUUUGAAAUGGAUCACAUUUCUAUGGCUUCUCUUCCUGGAAUGUACGAGCGUACAGUAACCCUGAAUUCCUUGGGGAAAACAUUUUCAUUAACUGGGUGGAAGAUCGGUUGGGCUAUAGCUCCCCCCCACCUGUCAUGGGGAGUGCGGCAGGCACACUCUUAUCUCACUUUUGCUACCUCCACUCCUAUGCAAUGGGCUGCUGCAACAGCUCUCAGAGCCCCAGACUCCUACUUUCUGGAGCUGAAAAGAGAUUACUUGGCAAAGAAGGAAAUUUUGGUAGAGGGAUUGAAGGCUGUCGGUUUUAAAGUGUAUCCAUCCAGCGGGACCUACUUUGUGGUUGUAGAUCACACUUCUUUUGGGUUGCCAAAUGAUGUUGCAUUUUGUGAGUAUCUGAUCAAGGAAGUCGGAGUGGUGGCAAUCCCUACCAGUGUGUUUUAUUUAAACCCAGAAGAUGGAAAGAAUCUAGUCAGAUUUACUUUCUGCAAGGAUGAGGGAACUCUUAGGGCUGCAGUUGAGAGGAUGAAGGAGAAGUUGAAAAACUAAUUCAAAUGUGCUGUUAGAAUAAGUGGAAGUAUUAUGUGCUUUCUUUAAUAAAGCAUUUGAGUUGAAGAGGGUCAUGAGAAAUCCCCUGCAAUUGGAGUGUUUCUUAGAUUUCUGAUUUAUAAGAUUGUGUAGCCAUGCGAAGAAUAUACUGGUGUGUGAUUGAUAAUCUUAUUUUAACUAUGAAGGCUAGUGAUAAUUUUUUCUUUGAUGAAA